AGCGUAUGUGAAGUUUCUUUCUCCAUGAAAAAAACGUUAAUUCGCUCUCCUGCUACAGACUCUCAAAACUCCAAAGGUAAAGAUAUGGCCCAGUUUAUAUUUGGAUCGCUCACAAUCCUAUUGUCACUUCUGCAACUGAGGGUGUCUGCCUAUGAAGUUACUCUCGAUCCGCCCAUCAAUUCUAACAACACAAUCCAAAAAUUCACUCUGCAGCGUAAAUUAUCAUGGACCAACCAAGACUUUGUCCUCUACAAGCAAAACUCUACUGCACCGAUCAUCAAGAUAGAGAACCAUAUGGCCAAUCAAUUCACAGGUUUUUUUGGUUUGGAUCUGACAUUUCCUGAUGGUCGUUACCUCGACGUGAAAGCCAAUGCAGGUCAGGUGGUCUGUGGCUUCCGACAGAUUUACGAAAUCUCUGAUGGAGUUCGAUUUCGGAUUGAUCCUCGAGGAAUCCACUCUGAUCGAUGGAAGAUAGAUAAGUCUGGAAACCUGACUGCGAAUUAUACUUGGUAUCGUAACGUCCGUCGUCUUGCAGGUGUUAUCAAAAGCGAUAACAAUCGAAAAGUCGCUUGUUUUAACGCCACAACAUUUGGUAGCAAGGCAAUGUCAGGAAUUUUUCACUCAAGAUGGCCUGGGCUCUCAAAUUAUACAAUUUCGACCAACGGGGACGUGCCAAUAGAAGUUUUGGCUUCAUUAUAUGCCACAGCAAUUGUUAGAAGAGAUAAAUGUGGCUGGUAAUUAUUACCAACUAUGCAAGCCUGGACUGAAUAUGUUUCAAGUAAUAAUUUCCCAAUCCUACCAAUGAUGUGGCUUUGGGUUUCUUAUCACCCUUCUAUAAUCUUUUGCAAUUCUGCAACAAGACUGAAAUUAGAAGAACUGUAUGCUUCCAAUGGCAAAAUUAUGUUAUCUUCUUUUGCUUUUGAAUAUCACAUCUGUAUGUGUGGCCUGAAUUUCACCAUUCAAACUCUUUUAUCAAUCUAGUUGUGAUUUUCAUUUUUCUCUGAAUGCCAAGAAGCUACCUUUUUAUGUUAUGGUCUGUCCUGGAUUUUGUCAAGAAAAAUAUCUGAAAUUCUAUUACCCUGUCAAUCACCAGAAAUUGAAAAUGUUGGAUCCUCUCAUUCAUAUUAUUUCUCAAUUCAAUAUUAUCAAACAGGGU